UCUUCUUCCCCUAAUUUUCCUCGCUUCAUGAAAAUUGAGGUCUCCCCCAGUUGUGUCCUAACUCAGACACCCCCACCCAAAUGUCGCCCCUCUCCUUCUUCCUCCUCCUCCUCCACCUCGCCGCCUCCGUCCACUCCUCCUCCCCCUUAUACGGAGCCUCGUUUAACAUAGAUUGCGGCAGCCUCACUGACUCCGUCGACCCCUUCAACACCACGUGGAUCUCCGACAGGUUCUUCACCGGCGGCGCCACCUCCGUCGUCUCCGAGCCUCUCCACUUCGACCACCCCCAGGAGAAGACCCUCCGCUACUUCCCGCCCUCCGCCGGCAAAAAGAACUGCUACGUUGUUCCCGAUUUGCCCUCCGGCAGGUACCUGGUGCGCACAUUCACCGUUUAUGACAAUUACGACGGCAAGUCGCACCCGCCGUCGUUCGACGCCUCCGUCGAGGGGACUCUCGUCUUCAGCUGGCGCUCGCCGUGGCCGGAGGAGCUCACGCAGUCCGGCGCUUACUCCGAUCUCUUUGUAUUCGUCACCGACGGCGAGGCCGAUGUCUGCUUCUACAGUAUCGCCACCGACUCUCCCGUCGUCGGAUCGCUGCAGAUUGUGCAGGUCGAUCCGGCGUCGUACGACGGCGGCUUCGUCGGCAAGGACUACAUUCUCGUCAAUUACGGAAGGCUGAGCUGCGGCUCACGUCAGUUCGGUCCAGGCUUCACUAACGACACCGACAAGUUCAGCCGCUCGUGGCAGUCCGACGCUCAGCUCCGGUCACCUGACACCGAGAAGAGCUCGCCGGUCAGAACCAUUUCCACGACGAACUCAAUUUCACACACCGGAGACGCCCCCAAUUACUUUCCGAUGAAGCUUUACCAAUCGGCGAUCACGGCCGACGGCGAUGGAGUCUUGACUUACAAUUUGAAUGUGGAUGCUAAGCUUGAUUACUUGCUGUGGUUUCAUUUCGCCGAAAUCGAUCCGAAAAUGAACAAAGUAGGGGAUAGAGUGUUUGAUAUCAUCAUCAAUGACAAGAAUGUGACUCGAGUCGACAUUUACAAGGAGGUGGGGAGUUUCAGGGCCUAUACUUGGCAUUAUACUGUGAAGAAUUUGAGCAGUGUGCACUUAAAUGUGACGCUUAAGGCCGCGGCUGGUUCUCCGAUUAUCAGUGGGCUAGAGAACUAUGCUAUGGUUCCGGCGGAUGUGGCCACGCUGCCGGAACAAGUUGUUGCAAUGAGAGCUUUGAAGGAUUCGUUGCGUGUUCCUGAUAGGAUGGGGUGGAACGGCGACCCUUGUGCUCCUACUAAUUGGGAUGCUUGGGAGGGUGUUACGUGCCACCACAAUAAAAAUGAAACUGCUCUUGUGAUAUCUCAAAUUGAUCUUGGAAGCCAAGGCUUGAAAGGGUUUAUCAGUGAUCAGAUCAACCUAUUGUUGGACUUGCUAAGCUUGAAUUUAAGUUCUAAUUCACUGGAGGGCAAAAUACCAAUAGGGCUGGGCCAAAAAACUCUACAAAGGCUGGAUCUGUCUGACAAUCAGUUAACUGGUUCAAUACCAGAAAGCUUAACUUCUUCAAAUCUCCAGCUUGUGUUAUUGAACAACAACUUAUUGGAAGGCCGAGUGCCAGAGCAGCUGUAUUCAAUUGGAGUGCACGGCGGUGCAAUUGAUCUCUAUGGAAACAAAGGUUUAUGUGGUGUUCCAUCGUUGCCGGAUUGUCCUUUGUUUUGGGAAAAUGGAGGCUUAUCUGUGAAGGGCAAAAUUGGAAUAGGCAUAUCUUGUGGUGUUAUCCUCUGUUUGAUGCUGUUGGUGUUGUACAUAAUCUAUGUCCGAAGGCGUAGGAAUGAUUAUGACUUCGGUUUUCCUCAUGACUUAAUACCACUUGGUGCCAAGACAAACAGGUAUCACAGACAGAAGUCCAUAGCUGUUCUUGAAAUGGAGAGCCAACAUGCCAAGGCUGAUCUACAACCUUUACGAACUCCCCGAGGCUAGUGAUCGAGUAUGUUCACAUUCAUUCCACAUACCAAGAAUACAUACAAUGGCGAGCUUGAUUGUCUUUGUACAAAUCUGUCAAUCAAGAUAAACGACGACACCUUGAGCUCCUGAACUUGUUGGACUCGUGGUU